CAGUGACAUUGAAGAUGUUUUUUCUUUAUGGUUAUCGUGCGCAUUGUUACAUUGUUUCUAUAAAAAAAAAACACGGUGACAUGUGUAUUACAGUAACUGUUUUCGACAAGAUUUGUGGAGAAGUGUGGAAUAUGAUUGUGAAAAAUGACAUAUUAGCACAAAAUGGCAUACACUGUAUUUGACGGAAGUCGGCCAUGCUGGCAAAAUCAUAUACAGUUGAAUCUAAAGUACAAAUGCACAACUUACAUUGCCGUCGGGGUUGAGUCUCUGUUCACAUCUAAUGUCUGGACAUUAGAAGUGAUAUUGUCAACUUCAUCAGCUGUAGAUUUUGCACUAGCCUCCAUCAACCUCUUUAGCUGACUCGGUUUCAGCGGGACCUUCACGCUGUCUGGUUGCAUGUAGAGUCUUCGCGAAGAGCGGCGUGACAUUGUGCGAUACGGAGUAAAAUUCGACUGAAGUACACACGCCGUAUAGGGUAUUUAUAUACAGUCCGUUUCUUUGUCAACUUCCAAUAAUCUAAAGCGCUAGCCGCAAGCUCCGCCAAUCAAAUACAACAAUUGGUUGGCUCAUUAGAGACCGCGUUUCUUUGUUGAUGCAAAUAUUGACUCCAUACGAACUGCAUUUUUUGUCAAACAACUUCGACAAGUGUGAAUCGCUAGCACAUAGCCAAUCAAAUGCAACAAUACGAAUGACUCCAUAGAGUCCGCGUUUCUUUGUUGAUGCAAAUGUUGACUUCAUACGAACUGCGUUUUUUGUCAAACAACUUCGACAAGUGUGAAUCGCUAGCACAUAGCCAAUCAAAUGUAACAGCAUAGUUCUUUGUCAGACAACUUUGACUACUGUAAACUGGCGGCACAUCGCCAAUCAAAAUGCAAAAUAGUUGACCCAAUACAGGCCGCCUUUCUUUGUCACACGGCUUACGUAUUAUUCUUUAAUUUAGACAUACAAAAUCUGCAUCACAAGGAAAACUGGCAAUAAAAAGAGAAGAUCAGGAUCGGGUCUCAUUCACUUUCUUCACAUUUUUGCAUUGCCUAUCGUGUCAUUCUCUUCCAAUCUCGACGACCCUAUCCCCAUGGCUCCGCGUAACUCUCACCUCAGGAGAUGGUUCGGUACCCACUGGUGUCGUGCUAAUGCUGCAGUGAACAGCAGUUUGAGCAAAGGACUGCCCGCAUUUUCGGUGAAUUUGGACGCUGAUAACUGCUGGCAGUUUACCGGACCAGAGGAGCUCCUAGAGGUCCUACUACCUAUACAGGAGCAGCUGGAGGCAGCUAUGGUCGCGUGGCAGGAGGCCAACUCCACAGGGAUAAGCACAGGAGAAGACGGUGACAACACAGUGGGGCUUGCCGUGAAGAAGACGGUGCUGUGCAAGCCACCGAAGCCCGUCGCCCAGCUCAAGUGCGAUGAUGUGAGGUCAUUCGUGUCCGCAUGGAUCAGAGCUCUCAACCCCGGUAGUUCCAUGCCGUCAUACAGCGACUCUACAGCAAAGCCGCCCUACUGGCCCGCCGACAUCCCGUGGGCGUGUCCUUCCAAGGCUCCCCCAGGAUACUCAGGAGACUGGACUAUGGCAAUGAGAAGGGUUCUGAGAAGCAUCCUGCUUCACGUCGGGAAGGACCCCGACACGUACUGCGCGGGGAGAUCCAGUGAUCAACCAACCAUGCCGGCCCCCAGGAGAGUCAACAUGCCCGUCCAGGCGCCGCCCAUCCAGACGAGCACGCCUCAACCAUCAACAUCCAACUUCCUGUCCGACAGCCAAGACAGCGGCCCCGACUUUUCCCUCCUGGCGGGCCGGUCCUUGGAGAUGGCCACCAGUCCCCUGGCACCAGUCACGUCGACCCCCGACCGUGUAGCUGCUUCGCCGGCCGCCUCUUCGCCGAACCCCGAAGGACCCCUGUCACCAGUCCGCUUCCAACCACCACCCCCACCCCAACCCCGCAGACCCCCUCCCCCGAUGAGCCCCAGGCAACCCAGCAAGAGGAGCAGGAGAGCCAGGAAGGCGUACUCGCCUUGAUGUUUUUGUUUAUUUUUUUUAGCCUGAUUUUAAAAUAUUUUUAUUUCAGUUAUCUUUUCAUUUCUGAUGUAGAUUGUCAGCGUGGCACAGAGUUUUUAUUCUUAUGUAGACAUUAAAUUGGAUUUACAUUGCAUGACGGGAUAGCGUACCUAGACGCCAUGUUUCCUUUGUUUGAAAAGCGCAACUUACUAGCACCAAGGCACUACGUAGAAUUUAGAUUGUGUUAAUUUGUCGAAACUGGUAGUUUAUGUGUAUGAUUAUGAACCGUUCCUGUGUAUAUUUAAAAUAGUAACUGAAGUGUUUUCGUCUGUUCUUUUUUUUUUGCUGAAGUUACGCAACGAAUACGGUUCUCUUUUUGUAUAUAUUUUUUUUGUUUGUACAUGUUUAUCGACCACUGUUACACCCUAGAAGUACUAAUGUCUGAAUAAAGUUUUGUGAAUGAA